AUGGAUAACUUCUCAGACAAAGAAAAGGAGCACAAGAACAUGAGUUCAGAAGAGGGUCGUGAUCUUCUUGCUCUCUCCCUCUCAAACAAUCAAUCAACGCUUUCCUCCUCAACCUCAACGUCUGCAAAAAUUUCGUCCCGUUCUCGUGGCAAUCGCCGUUCAACAGAGCAAAAAGGCAAAAUCAUAACUCCACCAUUCCCAUGGGCGAAGGACCAGCGAGCCACCGUGUACAGCAGCAAAGAGCUCUUGCAAAAGAAUAUCUUCACCAUCACUGGAAUGGUGCACUGCAAGAGUUGCGAGAGGAAGUUCGAAUUGGGGUUUGAUCUUCAGGAGAAACUCAUUGAACUGCGCCAGUUUAUUCAGAGGAACAAAGCCACAAUGCACGACAGGGCACCCAGAGUGUGGGUGAGUCCUGUUCUACCCAAGUGUGAGUUUUGUGGAGAAGAAAACAGCGCUAAGCCCUUCUUUGGAGACACCAAAAAGAAAGCCAUUAAUUGGCUCUUCCUGCUGUUGGGUCAAAUGCUUGGAUGUUGCACGCUUAAUCAGUUGAAAUAUUUUUGCAAGCACAAUCGAAGGCACCGAACUGGUGCCAAGGAUCGUCUUCUUUAUUCUACGUAUGUUCAACUCUGCAAGCAGCUCGCUCCUGAAUGGUUUCCUUGA